CUUGCCCCAGGUCCACAUACCGUACCAUAGGCGGUCUAGAGACGAUCCUGCUACUAAUGCCGGCACAUUUUUAUGCCCGGCGCUCGACAUGUCCCCGACUGUCAGCAAAAUCUAGACAAUCUCGAUCCUGCAAGUCACAUCAUCGUCGCCCUUUCCCGUGUUUGUGUCUUUCUCCGCGAUUGUCAGACUGCCCGACAGGUUCGCACAAACCACGAUCGACCGCUCCGUUCCAGCGAGGGGCUCUUACCCACCUGAUGCAUACUUGCUCGACUACAGGACUGCUGGAUGGGCAGACAUGGAUUUGCGCAAGGUUCCGGACUGGUGAUGAUCGCCUCUUUUUUUUUCAUAGGCAUGUGAUUUCUGGGUGGUGGUCUGUGGUGAGUUACUGCGGGGGCCUCAAUGCUGGGUUUCGGCAUGCGCACGCUAGUCGGUGCUGGAGGGUACUUUACAUGCAACCGAACGUUGAAAUGAUAUUGAGGCGUGCGGCAAGGCAUUCGGGAAGGGAAUAUGUUUUUGCCAUUUACAGAGCGUUAGGGGCGUUAGAGUUUGAAUCCAGGGUUCGGCUGUGUGUACUUUAGUCGAAUCUUAGUGACUUGAGGGGAGGUACUAUGUCUCUUUUGCCCAAUGUUAAGCGUAUUUUGAUAUUUUACCGAUCUAACAGGUGGAACAGGGAAAUCACAAAAGUCGUAUGAUGGAGGAAACAAAAUAGCAUGUGUUAGGGAAGCAAAAGGUUGCGCAUGCGCG